GCCACGUGCUGGUCACAGACUGAGACCGUAUAAUCCUGCAUUUUCUGUCACUGCACACUGCCUCGUGAUCUCACGUGUUCCUUACUUCAUCCUAGCAUUCCCCCACCCUCGUUCUUAUCCGAUCCCAACCUCCACCCAAUCCCCUUCUUCCACCCGCCCACAGACUCUUCCCAUAAUUACUCGUUCCUUAAUUGACAUCGUUGCCCCCCUCUUCCUUCUAUAUUAAUCCCGAUUCGCGUCUGCCUUACUCGCUCUGUGUAAAGUGGUUGCUGAUUAGUCAUCCAGAAGAUGAAGGACUCUGGCAAGAGCCUCAAAUCAAACGGCAAGCCCUCGUCGGAGGUGAGGAAGGAUCGGAAAUCGGCGACGGGGAUGAACGGAUCGCCCAAGAAGGGAGGUCAUGGAGGCAAGUUCACCUGGAUCGGCCACGGCUACUCGGAGGCUGAGAUCGGACGCGACCACGUGGCCUUGGAUGCGAAGGACCCGAACUUUGAAGAUCCGGAAGAGGUCGCCACUGCCUGAUGCUGAUAACUGGCGAUGAUUUGGUGUCUCGUUUGCGUAACUUCGAGAUUUGUAUAUAUUUAAUUAUGACUUCUGAGAGAUGAUGGUGCAUGCUUCUGGACUAAUAAACUUAGACUGAGAGUAGAUGAAGCGUUUCGAACA